CACUGACAGGUAUUGUCAAUCAAAUUUUAAGGUGGCCGGAACGGUUACAACUUAUAAUUUAUUGUUUUUGUGUAUUCAUGAGUUCCUAAAGUUAUAAAUACAUAACUUAACUAAUAGAUUUCCCUACGAAAAUUAAUAAUUAUUCUAUAAAAUGGAACCAAUGACUCUUGGAAGUCCUACCCACUCUCCUUCGGGAAGUCCCAAUGUAGGAUACCUACCACCUUUUCUUUUGGGGGAAAUAAACCCGCCGACGACACCAAGAACUAACAGUCUCUCACCAACAAAGGGUCGGAACAUGGCAUUUGGUUCACCCACAAGCCCGAGCCAGACAUCAACACCGGAUCAAAAAUUGUAUAGAUCAAAUGUCUCAAUGCACCAGCAAGCUCUGUACAAUCAGCAGAAUGUGUUUGCAAACAUUCCCAACUCACCUAACAUGUCAUACUCUAGCAAACCCAAUGGCCCACCCAUAGAAGAUCUUUUUGAUACUAUAAAAAGCAAUGAACCUACUAACAAGUCAAUGUACCAAGAUAGCUUCCUUGCCUUUGGGAACAAUGGUUCAAUGAUGCAGAACUCAUAUGUUAACACAUCAAUGAACAAUCAAUCAAUCACAACAAACUGGCAAGAUGGCUGUCAAGAACAAGAUGAGUAUUGGAUUACCGUUUUUGGCUUUCCACCAAAUGCCGCCAACACUGUGUUAGCUAGAUUUAGCAAUUGUGGUGCCAUAUUAGAUAAGCAGUACCCAACACAAGGCAACUGGGCUAAUGUUCGGUAUGCAACCCGUGCAGAGAAAGAACGGGCGCUAGCAUUAAAUGGUAGACAGGUCAUACCUGGUGUUAUGGUUGGAGUAAUAGAAUGCAGGGAACCUCCCAGGAUGGCCACAACACAUCCAGGGAUAACUUCGCCUGAAAGGCAUCCAACAGUGAGGUCUUUGUGCCCCACACCUAUCGCAUCAGCCCCAGUUCCUCAGAGAUCCAAUGGUAUCAUUGCCAAAGCUCUUGACUAUGUACUAGGAUGGUGACACACAAUACCUAGAUACAUUCAGACACUUGCAAGUUCAUUAAAGUUAAUCUUGCAUAAGAAAUUACUAUGAAUCUGACUUAUAUAUUUAUGAACAAAUUUAUAAAACUGACAGUGAAGUAAAUAGGUAACAUGAGCUGAUUAGAAAAUUGGUACAUGCACAUAAGUCCAUGAUAGCUUAAAUAAUUUCAAUGACAUAUUUUACCAGAUUUAGCAUUGUUCCUUGUUUUAUAUAAAUAAUGUUGAUAAAGUAACUUUAAUAUUAUCUAAAAACAACUAUAAUAUGAAGAUAAAUUAUGAAUUAAGAUUUUGU